CGCCGCCGCCGCUCACCACCCACCAUUCAAACCCACUUCUCUCGUUCCGUUUGUUCGUUCGUACGGGCGGGAAUGUGGACGGUCGCGGACAACAACAGCGACAACAAUAACGAACAACGACGAUCCAUCUCUACCUAGCACAUCCAUCUCUACACCACCAACACCACCACCAACACCAUCUACCACGUAUUCGCCUUUUCUUAUGUUACCUCGACAACAACCACCACCACCACCACUACCGUCCCCUACUGAUCAAUCAAUUCUUCUCUCUCGACUGUCCAUCUGAUUCACAUCUCCAAUUCGCCGCCCAUGUCAUCGCUUCAAUGACCGUCCUCGGGCCCAGCGCUCGACGUGCGCUGCUGCUGUUGUCCGCCCUGUUCGUCGCCUCGCUCCCACCACGCGCCUCGGCGGUCUUAUUGCCUUUCGAUUCGUGCACCAGCUUCGCCAAACAGAACCCAUCACAGUCGGGCGAACCCUUGCAGUAUAAGCCUCUGUAUCUCGACGUCGUCUACGAUGCCGCCAGUCAGCCCCAUUCCCUGAAUGUCACCGUCUUCGGCAACGUGACGGGCCAGACGCUGUCAGGCUCACUGCCGCCUCCGAGCGAUUCAUACUGGUCGAACCCCAAUGCGACCAAUGGAAAGAUUACGGAUGUGGGAACCUCGGGGAAUUUGACAUCCUUGUCGACGCGAUAUGAUGUCCUGUCAUUCACCGUCGCCAACAACUUGGUGCGCUUCUGUGGGGCUCUACGCGACAAUGGAUCAUGUCCUCUGGGACCGACGUUCUUCGCGAACACAUCGACUCCCGAGAGCACACGCGCAGGUCUCCCGGCCGUCGUUCAAAGUCUGAACCUCAACAGCAGUUAUGCUUUUACCACCCUCUCCACCACAGUCCAGGUCUUCUCCGGAGAUACUGGUCUCGGUCUCAUCUCCUGCGUGAGCGCUCAGAUCACUCCCGCCCUUGGUCCGAGGAUCGAGAACCUUCUGACAUGGCUUCCCGCUGCCAUCUUGAUCAUCAAGGGUCUGGCCACCCUGUCUGCUGCGAUCUGGUCACCCUGGGGAAGCGCGGACAUCUUCCGAUGGAGCAGCAAUUACGGAAGAGAUGAGGAUCUGCUGCGUCUGGUCACGCCGGGGUUCGGGGAUUGCCUACAAUACAUACAAUUCGUUGUGCUCACCGGCGCCUUGACCUUGAACUACCCGGGAUUCUUCCAGCCUGCCGUCAGCCAGGCCAGUUGGUCGGUUCUCCUGUUCAACGAGAGCUUCGUCAGCCAGGGCCCAGGAACGCAGAGCCUCGUCGACGGCGUGUACCGCGUGAAUGGAACCUACGGCAUGGCGAGGAUGAGCCAGUACAUCGGCAUGGAGACGGUGAACGACAUCUGGGCGUGCAUGGCCAUCUGGCUUCUGGUCAUCGCCGCUGCAGUCGUCGUCCUGACCCAACUCGGUUUCUUCGGCCGCUGGAUCUAUCGUCAAGUCACCAGCACUUCCGAAGAGGACCUGCGCAAGAAGAACUUGCCCUUCACCCUGGGAAACAUGAUUCGCCUGGUCUUCAAUUACUUCAUCCUCCCCAUCGUCGCACUGAGCCUCUUCCAGCUGGUCAUUGCCUUUGGCGCACCCGCAAGUGUCCUAGCCUGUGCUGCGGUGCUGCUCGUCUUGGUCAUCAUCUCCGCAGGAUGGAUCCUCCGGGUGAUUUUCAAAACCAAGCCACGCACGCUCCUUUUCGAUGACAUGCCGACCGUGCUGUUGUACGGCCCGCUGUACAACACAUACAACGACAGCGCUGCGCCCUUUGCGCUGAUCCCGGUCUUCAUCACCUUCAUGCGCGCAGUCGCAAUCGGUGCUGUGCAGCCGAGCGGGAUUGCUCAAAUCAUUGUGCUCGCGAUUUGCGAGGUCAUUCUGAUUCUGACGCUGAACGGCUUCCGUCCCUUCCAAGGCCAAACGAGCAUGAAUCUGUAUCACACAUGCUUCGCAUCGAUCCGGCUGAUCACCGUCCUCCUCAUGAUCGCCUUUGUGCCAUCGUUGUCGGUGUCACAGGCGCCGAAAGGGUGGAUCGGAUACGUCAUCUUAAUCCUCCAUGCCUGCGUGCUCGUGUUUGGCUUCUUCUUGAAUUCCGCUCAAACCUUGGUCGAGGUCCUAGCCCGUGCGCUGGGUGCCGGCGGCGACUCACAUAGCGGUGCCAUCCGAGGCAGCAUCCUCAACUGGCGCAUGCUGAAGAAGCGGCAGACGCGCGUGGAUGCGAAGAACCGGGCGAGCACGAUGAGCACCACAGCCAUGCUCCAGGACUCGAAUCUGGAUGUCAUGUCGAAUGGCCGCAGCCGUAGCAUCUCAGCUAGCAGCCAGCAACUGCUGGGUCGCACCAGUGGCUUCGAUAACUUUUCCAGUGGUGGCGACCCCCUCGCCUCCCCUGACCCGGAGAGCGAGAAUGCGUCGGCGUUCGGAAUGAUGCUGGGGGGUCGCCCAUCGAUUGGAUCCCGCGAUCACCAUCCUGGGGAUAAUUACUACCGAGCACCAAGGCCCCGGAAGGCUACCCUUGGGGCCUUGUCGGAGCCUGGGAACAAGACGCGCGGGAGCGUCGCGGAGUUCCCUUACCGAGAUGCGCCUGGUCAAGGUCAACUUGCCCACACUCGGGACAACAGCUACGAGCCGAACAGUGCGCACGACUCACCCGCGCCCGCUUACAUCCGCGAGCGGCAGGGAUCAAACGGCGAACUUCAGGGUUCGAGCAACGCUGGCGCAUCUGCCCCUCGUACGGAUUAUGCUGUCCGCGAAGUGGAUCAAUAUUACCGUGGUGCUGCGCUCAACGACCAACCCACGCGCAAACUCAAGACGGGACCUGCUGACCCCGAAGGUCCUGCGAUUGUCGCGCAGAGCUGGUUCCAAAAUUUCCUGUUCGCCAUUGGCUCCGGCGGGGCCAAGAAGAAGGAGCAGGGCAAGGGCUUUGAAGUCGUUCGGUCUUCACGCAUGCCGCCAGAAGAGCUCGAGCGCGACGCAGCAGCGGCCGGGCUGAGACCCACAGGCGACGACCUCGAAUUGCAGGACACGCCUACGAUGAAACAGCAGCCUUAUUUCGAUUCGCCGACGAAGGCCACAGGCACCACAACCACGAGUAUCGCGCCCGACGAGCUUGUACAGGAAGGUACGACCAAACACUCCAGCAACGCCGGUCUCGCGACCAGUGCGGACGGCGAUAGUCAUCCCGAUGGAGAGGAAGAGGAGGAAGAGGAGGUGAUCCUGGGAACUGCGACGAGAGCUUCCCGGCACUAUCCCAGCCAAGUCUUUGACUUUGGCUUUGACGGAACACGGUCGCGCACGUCGGCCGGCGGCCAGUCUCCGCUCCUCAACCAUCGGCCCGAGAGCGAAACGCUCUCGCAGCCGGCAUUGAUCCCGUUCCGCGCCUCUCAAGGCAUGCUGGGAGCAGCGAUCACGAGCUCAGGCACCGAUCGCGCCUCCUCACACUACCCGGAGGACGACGAUGACGAAGUCCACUUCACGCCCGUCGACGCCGAAACACCACCGCUCCCCCACCAUGCCACCAUAAGAGACCUCGUGACAGGCCUCGACCUCCCUCCACACCCUUUGUCGAUGUCAACCUCCCACCAACAACUACAACAACACCCACAACCGCGUCCCACCAUCGACCUCCACCCUUCCGCCGCCCCUGCUCCUCAACCCCCAGUGCGCUCUCCCAAACGCAACAGCGCCCUCAACCGUACCAUGCCCAAUCCACCAUCCACCACAACCACAUCAGCAGCGGCCAACCAAAGCCCCGGCGGCGGCGGCGCCGCGGCUCUCACCCCAGACAUCGCCGACUCGCCCUCGGCACAAGCCUGGCUCGCCGCCGUCGACGCCCUGGACCGGAACCCCCACGCCCUCUCCCGCUCCUCGACCCUCGCCAGUUCCCGCCACGACGCAGCGGGUGGUUCCUCAUCCGCCGCUGCUGCUCCUGCUGCUCCGGCGAUGCCCCCUUCCCCCGCCGACAGAGGAGGACCGGUCCCGUCCUCCGUCCAGCGACAUCGCGCCGCCGACAGCAUCUCGCGGAACUCGCUCGGCGCCCAGGUCGCGCUGCAGGCCAGCCAGGCGGAGAUCUUCGAGGCCGGCGAGGACGGCGACGGCGAUGCGUAUGCGUACGAGGCCGGCGAGCCCGUCGCAGCCGCAGCGGGGAGGGAGCGAUCGACGCGCUAGUCCAGUCCCCUGCACCCCAUCCCCUCUGCUCUCACGCCUCACGUGCAUGCCACGGUUGGCGGACACGGCGGUGGGCCAUCCUCGGCUGGACGGGAAGUCGCCUUGGCCGGAGAGGUGGCGCGGACAACGUCGAUCGGGCGCGGCUCACCAACACUGAUCUCCAUCCGCCACCCGGGAUCCUUACGUUUUUAUUUUCUCUCUUUCUGAGGCUAAUGUCGGUCAUGUAAAUUGACGCGGAGGAAAAGCGCGCGCGUGUGUGUACUAUUUUCGAUGUGCUUGAGGUUUGGCUUUUUUGGGGGGAGCGGAAUAUGUUAAUUUUCAUAAAUUUAAUGAUCGGGUGAUGUCCUUUUGCCUUUUUCUUCAUCCUCCCUUCUUUCUAUUUGUAUGGAGAUGAUUGUCUUUACAGGAU